AUGCGAGCGGCCUGGUCCGCAGUCCUCCUGCUUCUCGACUGGAGCUUGGCCAUGUCCAUCAUGGCAGAGAACCGAUACAUUUUUGGUGGUGACAAACCUUGGGAUGAGGCCGGGUUCACCGCUGUCGACGAUCGUGUCCGCGGAGGCAGUUCAGUCUCGCACUUGACCGUCAACGCCGACCGCACGGCUGCCACCUUCAGUGGCACCCUCGACACCAAGACCCUUGGCGGCGCGGGCUUCGCUUCCCAGCGCACGGUUGAUCCCUUUCUAGUGGAUCUGACCGGCGUGUGUGCCUUGAUUGCAGAUGUCGUGGUUCCUGCCGACAAUAAGACGUAUACGCUUACGCUCAAAAACGAGAUUCUGCCCACCGGACCGGAUGGUCAGGAGCAGAGCACUGUCAGUUGGGAGUAUGAUUUUAUUGCGCUGGGAGAUGGCGACAAGGUGGGCGAAAGGAAGCAGGUGCAAAUGCCCAUUGAUCAGUUCAAGCCCACCUACAGAGGCCGUCCGGUAGAUGCGAAACUUGAUCUGGCCAACAUCAAGCGGAUCUCCUUUAUGAUGAGAAGCUUUUUUGAAAAGCAAGAGGGCGACUUCAGCAUAACCAUCAAGUCACUCGCUGCGUCCCAAUCCGCACAAGUUGAGAGUCCUGCUCGAAUUAGCGAGACCAUCUCAGACGAUGGCGAUUUGAAAGCUCAGGCAAACCAGGGCCGGUCCGCGGAGAAAGAGCUGCCGAUCUGGCGCCGCUGGCUCUGCAACUGGUAG